CCUGUGUUUGUGGUUCUGAGCGCGCGACAGGGACCAAUCGGCACCUUUCCAGAAGCGAGGCAGGGUUGCGCGGCGUCGGCCCGGGAAUCUGGCGUUCCGGGGAAACUUCAUCCGGGUCCCGCCCUAGAGCCGGUCCCGGAAGGCUGCUGCCGGCGCCGGCCUCGGGGUGAGCGCCGGGCAUCCGAGGCCGCCCUCCUGCAAGGAGUCGCCCGGUCCACAGAGAUCUCGCGUGCUGGGGGAGUUAUUUUACUUCAAACAAAGAACAUGGUGAAACUAAUUCACACAUUAGCUGAUCAUAGUGAUGACGUCAACUGUUGUGCCUUCUCCCCUUCCCUCUUGGCUACUUGCUCCUUGGACAAAACAAUUCGCGUGUACUCCUUGAGUAACUUCACUGAACUGCCACACUCUCCGUUAAAGUUUCACACAUAUGCUGUCCACUGCUGCUGUUUCUCCCCUUCAGGACAUCUUUUGGCUUCAUGUUCAACAGAUGGUACCACUGUCCUAUGGAAUACGCAAAAUGGGCAGACUUUGGCAGUGAUGGAACAGCCCAGUGGUAGCCCUGUGAGGGUUUGCCGAUUUUCCCCACACUCCACGUGUUUGGUGUCAGGGGCAGCUGAUGGAACUGUUGUUUUAUGGAAUAUACAGACAUACAAGUUAUACAGAUGUGGUAGUGUUAAGGAUGGCUCCUUGGUGGCCUGUGCAUUUUCUCCUAGUGGGGAUCUCUUUGUCACUGGCUCCUCAUGUGGAGAUUUAACAGUGUGGGAUGAUAAAAUGAGGUGUCUGCAUAGUGAAAAAGCACAUGAUCUUGGAGUUACCUGCUGCGAUUUUUCUUCACAGCCUGUUUCUGAUGGAGAGCAAGACUUUCAGUUUUUUCGACUGGCAUCAUGUGGUCAGGAUUGCCAGAUCAAAAUUUGGAUUGUUUCUUUCACCCAUAUCUUAGGUUUUGGAUUAAAAUACAAAAGUACACUGAGCGGGCACUCUGCUCCUGUUCUGGCUUGUGCGUUUUCCCACGAUGGGCAGAUGCUAGUCUCCGGAUCAGUGGAUAAGUCUGUCGUAGUCUAUGAUACUAAUACCGAGAACAUACUUCACACGUUGACUCAGCACACCAGGUAUGUCACAACCUGUGCCUUUGCACUCAAUACUCUUUUACUUGCCACUGGUUCAAUGGACAAAACGGUGAACAUCUGGCAGUUUGACACAGAAGCACUUUGUCAAGCAGGGAGCAUGGAAGAUCAACUGAAGCAAUUUACUGAUGAUUGGUCAGAGGAGGAUGUCUCAACAUGGCUCAGUGAACAAGGUUUAAAAGACCUUGUUGAUGUUUUUAAGAUGAAUAACAUUGAUGGAAAAGAACUGUUGAAUCUUACAAAAGAAAGUCUAGCUGAUGAUUUGAAAAUUGAAUCGCUGGGGCUGCGUAGUAAAGUGCUGAGGAAAAUUGAAGAGCUAAGGACAAAGGUGAAAUCCCUUUCUUCUGGAAUUCCUGAUGAAUUUUUAUGUCCGAUAACUAGAGAACUUAUGAAAGAUCCUGUCAUCGCAUCAGAUGGCUAUUCAUAUGAAAAGGAAGCAAUAGAAAACUGGAUCGGUAAAAAGAAACGUACAAGUCCUAUGACAAAUCUUAUUCUUCCUUCAGUGGUACUUACACCAAAUAGGACUCUGAAAAUGGCCAUUGAUCGGUGGCUAGAGACACAUCAAAAAUAAAAUUGUUUACACAUUAUACUGUUUAUAUUUUUCCAUGAUCUCAUUUGAACAAAUUUAAAGGUAAAUAUUAAUCAGAUAUUAUUAAAAGAGCAAAACAGAAGGAGGUAAUAUUUUUAAGUAUAAAAACUGUUACCAAUUUUCAUUCUGUACUAGUGGAAAAAGUCCAUAAGCUGUAUAGAAAUAAAGUUAUACUUUGACUUUAAAUUUUAAUGCCCAGACUUACUCGUUAGAUACAAGUUGUUGUAUCCCAUUACAACCAAAGAUUGUAAUAAUCU